ACCAGAGUCUGAAUUAACUAACGCAUUGUUUCACGACAUAGGUAGGACGGAUGGACAGCGGCUUUCGAUCCCAUCGCCGCGGCGCAUCCGCGCGCCUUCGCAAGACGUUUCGGUACCCGAGUGAGGAUGAGGCCGAUGACGAAAAUGCGCUCGAGGUUAUGGACGAGCAAGAACAAGAAUCCCUCAUCACAACCCUCACCAUCCAAAACUCCCAACGCAACUCCCAAUUCCGCUCUCUCCUCUUGCUCAUUCCCGCCAUCGCUUCAGUUCCUUACCUCCUCGUCCUUUUCUUGUCGCCUUCUUCCUCUUCUCCUUCCCAUUUCCCUUCACAUGGACAAACCAAAACAUCAACAAAAACAUCAACAAUCUUCUCUCUCCUCGCUCUUACCUCCCUAGCCGCCACGACGUUCAUCACGAUCAAACUACCUCCUACCAAGACUGGACUAUCCAUUGUCGACUCUCUGGCUUCUUCUUCUUCUUCAGCCACUACGAAGAAGAAAAAUAAGAGGCUUCCCAACCAGUACGGUGCUAGCGUUCUUACACCCUCGCCGUUGGAGACGUGGUUACCAUAUCUAAACGUGGGGUUGUGUGUAUUGGUGCUGUUGACCGGUCUUGUCACUGGUGGGGCCCAGGGAGUAAAUGCUGUGGGAAAGGUAUAUCUCGCGGCGUUGCCGGGGGUGAUAUAUGCGGCGACAGUGGCGGCUAAGGUGGUUAUGGCGGGGGUUGAUCCGGAGGGGGAGUUGGGCGGGUUGAGGUAUGGGUAUAAGGGUGCUUAG